GGAUGCGCAAUUUCGCCACCCGAUCAGUGUUUUAUCAGAUUCGAAGCGUAGGCUGCUUACUCUUUGUUCACCAAGGAUUGUACUGACAGAAAUUAUAGUGUUGUCAGAGAAAAUGUAGUUGUAAUUAUUUGUAGCAGCUGGAAUGAGCGUGUACUGGAUAUGGGCGAGAGAACACCUCGCUGCUGGUCUUUUAUUGUCAUAUCGAGACGCUCAUUAACCCGAACCCUGGAAAUAAACAACCAUGGAAUAUAGUUAGUAUUUAAUUCCGUUAUAAACAACUAAUGAAAGCACCGUGUUAAUGGUGUGCUGUGAGAGUUUAGUGAGGAGCUCCGUGAUAACAGCGCCGCCAGGCAGGCUUGAGCAGAGCCGAUUCUGCAGAAAAUGAGGAUUGGACGUGAGCUACGUGCGCUUCCAGGAGUAGACGACAUGACAUGGAGAGACUGGAAAACACGAGCCUUUUAAAAACGCGCGGACGCGAGAGUAUCUGUUCCAUGCAAGAGAGAGUCACCAAUGGCUGUUGUGAUGCUCACGCGGUGAAUACAAUGGUUCUGAACGCGACCACAGCAGACGAGCUGCUGGCUGAACAUGCGUCUAGAUCUGGACCCGGGGUCACGCUUCUGAAGGAGUCCAAGAGCGGCUUGCCCUUGUGUAACGGUGGAGGAGUGGUGUCCCCUUCACCUACAGCAGAAGAAAGUUAUCGAGAGGUCCCUGCACAGACGCAAAGUGGGUGUUUACAUCCAAAUGGACUGGCGGAGACCCCCAAUGGGGGCCUAAUGGCUAAUGGGGACAGGACUUUGGACAGGCCUUUGAAGAAGCCUUGUGGAGAUGUGCGAUUCAGACAAUUCCAGCACCAGAGGAGAGAAGAUGAGGAAAACAGAGACUUUGGGGCCCAUGGUGGUGGUUGCCCCGCAUCGGGGUCUGGAUCUAGUAGUUCUUUGGAAACGUCCCACGGACCGGACCCUUCUUUUGAAUGCAAAAGGAGAAAGGUUGAAUUGGACUCCAAAACAGACUCUAGUAAAAGCACACGGGCUGUUGCGCCCCUCGCGACAAAUCACCAACACAAAAACUGUGGCGGCUCCGCGUCGUCGCCCGGAUGGGUCUAUCACAAUGGACACAGAGUUGCAGUGAACCAGGCCGAGGUGCGCUCUGCUCCGCCUGCGGUGGCCACCAGUGCAGGCUGGUCUCCAGAGCACAUGGCUCAGCAGUACAUAGUUCCCUGCAUGAAGUAUUAUGGUAUCUGCGUCAAAGAUGGCUUCCUGGGCGAUCGACUGGGCACUAAGGUCCUGGAGGAAGUGGAGACUCUCAAUCACAGCGGGAAGUUCAGAGGCGGCCAGCUGGUCAGCCAAAAAAACAUCCCAUCUAAGAACAUCCGUGGAGACCAGAUCGCCUGGGUCGAAGGCAACGAGCCGGGCUGCGAGAACAUCGGGGUCCUCAUGGCUCGCGUGGAUAUGGCCAUCAUGCGCAGUGCGGCCAAUGGACAGCUGGGGAAUUAUGUCAUAAACGGACGCACCAAGGCCAUGGUUGCGUGUUACCCUGGAAAUGGAACAGGAUACGUGCGACAUGUGGACAAUCCUAACGGUGACGGACGCUGCAUAACCUGCAUCUACUAUCUGAACAAGGACUGGGAUGCGAAGGUUCACGGAGGUUUAUUGCAGAUCAUCCCCGAGGGUCGUAAUGUUGUAGCCAACAUCGAGCCUCUGUUUGACCGUCUGCUCAUUUUCUGGUCAGAUCGCCGGAACCCACAUGAGGUCAAACCAGCUUUUGCCACUCGCUACGCCAUCACUGUUUGGUACUUUGAUGCAAAAGAGCGUGCUGAAGCUAAGGAGAAGUACAGACUGGCUACAGGACAGAAAGGAGUUAAAGUGCCUGUCACUCAAAGCAGCAAGAGCUGAAUCUCAGUCAUUCGAGUGAACACUCAAGUGUGUCUUGUUUAUGUGUGUGGCAGCCUGUGCCACCGCGCAAUUGGCUGUUUUCAAGAGGAGAUGAAAGAAACCCAACAAUCAUGGCUCUUUCUGUGGCCUCAAACAUCCAACAAGAAGUUUAAUUUGAUUGGGUGGAAAUGAACACCAUAAACAAACUUGAUGGUCACAGCUCUGAAAGGCUGGCAGGAUUGGCCGAUUUUCCUCAUCGUGUGGAAAGUCAACAGUGGAAACAUCACAAAUGGACUUGAGUUAUUUUAGUGUUUAGAGUAAUUACUGUAUUUAAUGAGAAUUACAAUCUCUAAACUCAGCCCUCGAAUUUCACAACCCUACACCUCUGUGUGAAAGUGGGUAGAUGAUAUUUUCCAGUGGCCUUUGUCAUAUCCUGUUUAGCCCCACAAAUGUGUAACCAGUUUUACACUGAGAUCUGACUUAUGUCAAUGCUCAACUAAAUCAUGAAAAGUGACAUAAAAUAACCAACAAUCACAUUAUACAUGAAUGCUUCGGUGGACACAAUCCCUUACGAUUGAGCCUGAGCCCUUGGAAACAUUCAGGGUGAAUUCAUUCAGAAAGAACAGCGCCCUCUGAUGGCAUCGGUUUUCACGCAAUGCUUUGUUCACGCAAAUCCAGUAGCACCACAAAAAUGUUUGCAAUAAGCAAUUUUGCUGGCAACAGUUUCCGAGUAUACAGCAGACCUUAGGGCCGUUCAUUUAAGAGGUAUUUUUGUGGUCCAUCUUCGCAAUUUUAUUUUAAGCGUUGUCCUCGCCAUUGCGUCAUAUCGCAGUGUAUUUUCAGAGAUUCGCUCCAUGAGAGCUGCGUUUUUAAGAUGCAUCCAGACUGUGUCCCGCGUGAAUGGCCGCGACCUCAAUUUGUAAUAAUUUGCUGGGACUAUACACUGGGCUGCAACAAAAAUAAAAUCCCUGCCGAUAAUAAAAAGCGAUAAUUAUUGUCUAAUUAUAAUCGUUUGUUAUAACCGAUAACCGAUAAAUGGAUAUAAAUAUUAAAAUUCCAUAUUAUUUUGUAAUAAUACAUUAAAAAUAAAACCCUAAAAACUGAAUUUAGUCAUUUUAAUUGCUACAAGUGAAUUUUAGGGGUCGUGACAUUCACUAUGUACAGUAUAAAAAAUGAAUACAUUUAACAGUGAUAUCAAAUUAUUCGUUUUUUUAUUUUUUUUUUUACAGAAGUUUAAGUGUUUAAGAAAGAUUUUCUUUAAAAAUGCAGAAAAUGAACUGCACAAAUAAAUAUUCAGUAUUGAUUAAUACAAAUAUUUUUUAACUAUAUCGGCAGAUACCUAACAUCGAACCAAUAUAUUGUACAUCCCUACCUUUAACUAAAGGUCUAAAUUAGCAUUUUGUGUUUUAAUUGCAUAUACAAUUUUAACUUAAUUUGGGAUGCACAUUUGUCAGUCAUGCAUAAAAGGAUCAUAAGGUGUUAUAGCACUAAUAAAAGUCUUAAAAACAUAACCAGGUUGAUAUAUUUAUCAAUGAAUCCAGUUGUUUUUAUUCUCAUACAUUUAAACUAACCGAAUUAUUGCUUGUUCCAAAACUAGCCAUAUUUUAAUUAUGCAUACAUUAAUCAUACAUUUUAACUGAAUAAAUGUAAGAAGUUUUGCAAAAAACAGGUUAAUGCUGAUUCUAAGCAAUUUGAUCAAAACUAUUUAAUACUACAAUUAUUUAAAUAAAUUCAAAUAGAUGCAAAUGAUUACUAAAAAACCAUGCAAUGAUUUUUUUUUCUCUUUUUGUUUAUGAAUGUCUGACAAAUAUGCAUCAAAUUACAUUUACAAGUUUAUGUUAAAACUCUAAAGCUAAAAAAAAAAAUGUUUUGAAUGCACUUCAAAUAAAUAAAUCCUACAUCUAAGCCUAAAUAUUCUGCAGCAUCGCUUCACCACAGCAAUCGAUUAAUCUGAAUCAGGAGAAAAAGCUUAAUCUCUGGAUAUAAAACCGAUUUUAGGGAUCUCCAUCAUCAUAUGAUGAAAAAUGUUAAAUAAUUUUAAUAAAAAAAAAAAAAUCUGGUUUACAUGCUUUCCAUAAAAUGGCAAUAAAUGGCUACGAUAAGUGUGUCGACCACAUGCUACAGUCAGUCUGGCAUUGACUCAUUUGCAAAGAAAGAAGCUAUGUUUGCCCAGAAAAUAAUAACAAGAACUUACUUUGAAUGUGCAUGGCACACUGUCCAACCAGCUCAUGUAGAACCUGGAUGAACUGGAUUCUCUGCGUAGCGGUGAAAUCUGCUAGCUGUGAGCUAAAGUGAUUUCCCCCUCAGUUUUCUGAUAAUAAUUUAGAAUUUGCAAUCUGCAGAAUGUAUGCUCUGUAACAAAAAGUCAAAACAGGGUGUUUGUGACCUUUUCAAAUACUGAUGCAUGCUAGCUUGGCUUAAAAGGGUCUUUCAACAGAGAUGCACUUACCUGAGAGCUGACAAUCUCCUUCCAGCCUCAGAGAGGCGCUAUACAGCAGAAGAGAUCAGUAUGGGCCUCUCAGUUCAUACAAGGGACCUGGAACACACAACAGCCUCAUUCUAUCAGGUGUCCACACAUGCACUACCCUAGUGCCUACAUCUAUUUCCCAGAGGGCAUUGCAAGUUCAUAAAGUGCUCAUAAUAGGCUAUGUUCAGAAAACACUCUGCACUACUUGUUUAGAACCAGUAUGCGACAGUUUGCAAAGCAAAAUUGUCAAACGGACUCAUUGUCAUCCCAACAACAACCAAAAUUAGGAUUUUUUAAUUUUUUUUAAUUCAGGUUUUUGUAAAAAUGUCUUAAGUCAAAUAAAUAUGAAAUAUGAAUAAAAAUGUAUUUCAACAUUUGCAAAUAUAUCAAAAUGCACCUAGUAUUACUUUGUCUCUGAAACAGAAGGUCAGGCACAAUGCAUUGUGGGUGCAGUGGUCCAUGCAUACUGUGAAUUUUGGCAAAUGUGGGUCAUCCAGGUAUAUACAUACUGUAUACCGCAGAAAACAGUGAGAGGAGUGUGCUAUUCUGAACAUAGUCACAAUCUGAGAACCUGAGAUUUCAUGCAAACACAAGACGGCACAAAACAUGAGAUUUCCCAGCGUACUAUGACCUAGGGAGUGUAGUAUUGAGCUGUUCUGUGCUGAGUGCCAUAAACGGCCAGAGAAGUAAAACAGUAAAGCACUUUAUCAUAUAAUGUGUGAUGCUUGAAUGAGGUGGAACAGUAUGAUACUUAAAUAAUCAACUGAAAAAAAAAAAAAAAAAAAAACAUGUUUGCUUAACCUUUCUGAGUUUUGCGGUAUUUAAUUAAAAUGUGUCCGAUUUUGUACAGCUGACCACUGUGGCGUUUUUCUUUUCAGCUUUGAUAUAACUAUAUUUGGAUCAUUAUUCUACUUAAUAGUAACUCUGCUUGUUUCUUUCUAAACGGCUGAAUAGUCAUAAUCAAUAAAAUGAUAGUUUAUGUUCAAACGACAUAUUUUUGAUUUUAUUUUUUGAAAAUGUAGUUGCUGUCUUAUCUGUGUCUUUAUGUAAAUAUGAGGAAAAUAAAUCAAUAUCUCAGCCUAAGGACA